ACUAAACUCUGAUAUGCCGACGUAUGUGAACGCGACUCCUCUAUUUGACGAUCUAAAUAGUCGCAUCGCAUGCUGUGGCUGCUGACCUCCUCCGCACAACUGCCGCACAACUGACGCAUCAUCGAUUAGAUCCAGCCAAUAGCCCAGCAUGUCAAAAGUCCUUCUCAUUACAGGUGCUACAGGAAAGCAGGGUGGUGCUGUGAUAACUGCACUUCUCGACCGGGACCCUAGCAAAUUCACCAUUCUCGCCGUCACACGCGACGUCAACAGCAUCAGUGCCAAGACUCUUGCCCAGAAAUCACCCUCGAUCAAACUCGUGCAGGGUAAUCUUGGUAACGUCCCCAGCUUAUUCUACGAAGCUCGAAAGAUAUAUCCCCAACCUAUAUGGGGUGUCUACUCUGUCCAGAUCUCUAUGGGAAAGGGGGUGACCCUCGAGGGUGAAGUUGCACAAGGCAAGGCUCUCAUUGACGAGUCUAUCAAGGCCGGUAUCAGACAUUUCGUUUACAGCAGCGUAGAGCGUGGCGGAGACGAAGCAUCGUGGGACAAUCCGACCCCCAUACCUCACUUCCAGAGCAAGUAUCGUAUCGAGCAGCAUCUUCGAAACGCCACCGGCCCGGGAAAACCGGGCGCAAGUAUGGGUUGGACGAUCCUACGUCCGGUAGCUUUCAUGGAUAAUCUAGCACCCGGGUUUCCAACCAGGGUUUUCAUGACCGCGCUACAUAAUCAUUUGGGAAAUAAACGUAUGCAAUGGAUCGCCACGUCGGAUAUUGGCGUCUUUGCUGCCAAGGCGUUUGCUGACCCCGAGCGCUGGAACCGGAGGGCCGUUGGCCUCGCAGGCGACGAGUUAUCAUGGGAGCAGCUUAAUGCCUCAUUCACCAAGGCGACGGGAGCCCCCGUACCGGUGAGCUACUGGUUUCUCGGGAGCGUGCUGACAUACAUGGUCACCGAGAUGGCCCUGAUGAUUGGAUGGUUCGCCAGCGAUGGCUAUAAGGCAGAUUCUAUAGCUCGACGCAAGGAUCAUCCUCAAAUGCUGACCCUGGAGGAGUGGCUAGUCAAAGAAAGUCUGUUUGAAACGGUCCGUCGCUGGUAAUGGGUGUGUUAAUCUGUAUCGCAAUACAUAGUAGACAUAGUACUAUAGCGAUAUGUAAGUAUCUCCCUCGACAUUGAAACCGGCGAAUUCAAAGCUUUCACACAAUACAAGGAGUAC